CAUUGACGUUUUUGUGGGAACCGGAGCAGCAGCGGCACCACAACACGAACGACCUUGCCAGAAAUCGUCCCUGCACCCCGUUACCCACAACGCAGCAACGCACCGAUCGAUUCGAUUCGAUUUCAUUCGAUUCGAUUGUGCACUCGUUCUAGAAGGAAAGAAAGCAAAUAAAAAAGAAAGCAUCGAAAAAAGAAAGCAAACAAGCCACAAAGCGUGGGGCAACACCUCCCUCUCUGUUUCGCAGCUCUGUCGCUCGUCGAAGGAUGGAACCGGCAGAGAGAUCCCGCGGCGGUUCGAUGGGGCCCUUGCAUCGCCACCGGCGCAACCGCCCGUGCACACAAGAACACGCACACAUGCCUAUCAUGCAUGCACGGUUGCUGGCACAAACCCAAGCGCGUUCGGCCACACAGUUUCGCCGGCACCGUCUCUGGCCCCGAGGGGAGGCGUCUCGCCCGUGGCCCAGUGACGAAUCCGCACCCGAAUCCGUGUGUCCCGAGGAAUGCGACGACUGCGAAUGCCAAUGCGACGGCUGCGAGUGCGACGGCGAGUGCGACGACGAGUGCGACGAGUGCGACGACGAGUGCGACGACGAGUGCGACGACGCGUGCGACUGCUGCGACGACGAGACGAACGCCUCGGACGACGGGGCCUACGACUCGCACGACGACGAGGCGCUGCGGCUGCACCGGCAGCAGCUGUAUUGCCUGCGGAUGCGGCGGUUGUUCGUCCGCCCCUUUGUGGUCUUUUUCCUGGGGCUGCUGGUCUUUCGCGGCGGCAGCAGGAGCGCUCAAGGGUUCUUCCGGAAGCGAUUCGGUGGGACGGGAGCUGCGGUGGGCAYGGACUUGCACGCGAACGUUGACCCGAGCGUGGAUGGGGAUGCGGGCGUGGUUUUGGAUGGGAAUGCGGGGAUCGAUGCGUUCGGGGAUGCGGACAACAGAAUCAGCAAAAGGACCAGCAGCAACGGCAACAGCGGCCUGAGCGACCUUAGGAAUUAUUCUCGGAUGGUUCUCCGAGGACACCAAUCGCAACAACGCCAGGAAAACCGGCAACGCGACCAUCUUCCCGAAGACGAAGAGGGCGAACACCUUUUUUUGUCCACGGAUGCCGCGGGAAUGAAACCAUCGCCGGCCGCAGACCGAAUCGCAGACCGAAUCGCAGACCGAACCAUAGGCCAAACCGAACCAAAGGGAACACGGACCGGGGAGGGGCCGGAGCCCGGCAACGAGCCACACGGCAGCAGCAUCCCCCGAGGCAUGCCAUUGAUGGCGUCGUAUCCGAUCUUUAACAGCCAGAUGUCUCCCAUUUCCUACUCUAGCAUGGUCCGMAGAAACAGUGGCAACGACGGCCAGAACGACAGCGACAACAACGACGACGGCAGCGACACCGCGAAAAACAACAAGAACAACGACAAUCCCGACGACUAUGGAUGGGUGCCCCAGGCGUACCCGGAUCCCUUGACCGACCCCGUCCGCUGCGGGAUUGCCUACCUCACGGCGGAGGAGCUCCAGAGCCGCGAGGGGGUGGCCGCGACCGGGGUCGACGCCGAGGAAGAACGCCGGGGCGGCGUCGUGGCCACAACGCCCGCUUCCGAAAACGGAAGGGCCGGGGCGGGGCUCCGGCUGUGCGAUCCGGACUGGGUCCUGGGAGGGGUCUACCUCGAACGGAUCGCCAAGCGGAUGCAGGGCUUUCCCUUUCGGUUCACCACCGGGACGACGGGUGGCUUUGGUGCCAGCGGAGGCGGAAACGGAGACGGAGAGAACGAAAGCCCCAGCGAACACCAUUCCGAGAACGACGGGCAGCAGACGGAACCGCUGUGGCCACGCGAAGUCAGAGUAUCCCUGGCCGUGGCAACGGUUCGAAAGGUGCGUGCGGAGUUGUCMUUUGGUUUGCCGUGCUUUCUUUGCGCUCUUUUUUGGGAAAUGCAUGGCUCGGUCGUGUCGUACCGUAGGACGCGGUCUGGCCAGUUUGGGUGUGGUGUGGUGUGGUGUGGUGUGGUUGUGCCGUGCGCCUUCAAGUCGAUCCCUCGCAAAAUGCACAAUCGGUUCGACUCAACUUUUUCCUUUCUCCACUUUGCCCAAAUCAGAUGAACACCCAUGCCGUUUUGCGACAAGAACAAGUGUUUUACCCAUACGGAGACGACGAYGACAUGGUCAACGAUGCCGCGCAGAUAUUUGCUCGAUCCUUGCACAACGAAUGGUGGAAGAACCGCAACARCCAUCGGGACGAAACCGACGGCUCGGAGGAAGCAACGGAUGGCGAUGCUUCGGUCUUCACGGGGGGCUGGGACAACUCCAAGAAUUCGGCGUCGGUCRGCGACAAACGAAGCAACAAUCGAGACUUUGGCGUUUUGAUAUUUCUCUCGAUCCAGGACCGCGUGUGCUUCAUUUCCACCGGCAACGCCAUUUCKAAYGUGCUGCCGUGGUGGCGCCUCGAGCACAUCGUGGCGAGCAUGAAACCCGAUCUGAGACACCGGGACUACGGAAACGCCAUCCUGACCGCGAUCGACGACCUCUCMGAAAUGCUCGAGGCCGGCCCGCCGACGGUCCGGGACCGGAUGCACGAUUUCAUGGCGCGCUUUGGAGUGGUCAUUGCCUUUGCCCUCUUCACCUUUGUCUUUGGGGCGUGGGGGGAAUGCCGGGACCGGCAGAAACGCUUUCAGUACGCCGAGCUGCGGAGCCAGCUGAACGAGGUGGAGCRCGAAAAGGCAAGGCUGAGRCAGAAGCAGUUUCAGACCACCUCGUGCCCGAUUUGCCUGGAGCCGUUCGCGCGCGGGGGAGAGGACGACGAGACCACCGUGGGCACCGACGAGGAUACCCUGGGCGACCAGACCAAGGACGCGAGCCGGUCGGAACGAAAGGGGAUGUCGCGGGUGGACAGCUACGGAAUYCCGCUCAACGGAGCCGAUCGGAAGAAAAUAAAGUUUCUCCGGUGCGGCCACAUAUUCUGUGAAUCCUGCUGGAAGAGCUGGAUUCGCUCCGGGCACGGGAAUCCCUGCAUCUGUCCGGUCUGCCGCCAGGACGUGGGCAGGUCUUCCUCCAAGAGCAAGCGGCGAAAGGAGCAGCGGCGUGCCGCCAGGAGAGCCCGGGUCGACAUUGCUACYGCCCUGGCGAUGGAGGAGGAAGGGACCCCGCUGCUGGCCAGCGACCGACACGAUUCCCUCGGAGAGGGUGGAUUCGGAACCCGCUCGCAGCCGCCGUCGUACGGGGCGCUGACCACRUCCUCUCUGRAUUCCCCAUCGGCCCCCGCGGUGGCGUCCCCCGUCGCUCCCGGGCCCUCUUCGUUCGGGGCUGCCCGGGGACGCGCCGGGCACGACGAGAACAGCGCGUUGCUGGUCCGGGGUGCCACCCUGUGGGCGUCGGCCUUUGGACCCGGGCCCAGCAUCGCCACCAUGAACAGAGACCGGAGCGGCGGGAGCAGCAGCAGCAGCACCGCCACCUACCCAGACGCCCUUCACCACGAACGACGCGAGGACCGAAGGCGAAGAAAYCUUACCUUUCGGUAAGCAGAGGAAAGAAACAAAAAGGCAAGCAAGCAGCGAGUCKAAYGGAAACRAGAGGAAACGAACGCAUCGGCAUCUCGGGCACGACGGCUACGGUGAUUGCAAGGAGAGKAGAAUAGCGAUGGCGGACAUUGGUGGUUCCCAACCAUAUUUACGUUCCCAAAUUGUUGUAUGUUGAUUACAGUGUAGAAGCAAGCAAACAUAGAUUACCAAGUGUAUAGAUAUCAAUAUAUUUUUCUAYCGAAACCACCGAACAAARUCGCUGAGAUACU